AUGCAGAACCGAUUAUUGGAAGAAGAGGACGAUCAACAGCUACUUAGUUCAAACGCAAAUACAAAACCAACCGAACAUGCUGUCCACAAUCCAAAGGAUGAUACCCGAUUUGCAUGGUGGAAAAUGAAAAAGAGUAGACGAUCCCAUGCAGUUUGUUGGUUUAUGAUUUUAGCAAGUGGUAUUUUAAUGACUGUGAUUGGUUUAGUGAGCAUGAUUUUAUUAGUAAUUUAUUCACCAACUCCAAAGGAAAUUUUGGAUGGAAAGGGCCCCAUCAGUGAAAAGCAAUGGAAAGAAAUUGUUUUGGAGACUUUUGGUAUUCUGUCUGGAUUUGUCAUUGGAAUUGGUCUUGUCAUGUCGAUCACACCCUUAAUUUGCAGCUGUUAUAUCAUGAAUCCAAAGGAGUUUCAAAUUCCUGGAAUUCACGACGAUGAAGAGGAUGAUGGAUUGUAA